AAAAAAGUAAGUGAAGUAAUAAAUGUCUAUAAUUAGGUUUAUAAUCGUUUAUCGUAACUUUAUACCUAUUAAAAAUAUUGUUUGAGUUUUUAUUUGUUGACGAUAAGUGUAUGUUUUUAUCUUGCACCACUUUUUCCAAUUUUGUUGUGUUUACAAAUUACACGACUAUACAACAGCUGUCAAACAGGGAAUUCGACAUUUAUCAACUAAUAUUGUGCAUUAAUAUAGAAAUAUGGUCACACCUGCAAAUACUGUAUUAUUCGAAGAAUUUUGUAAUACUUUGGAGUGCAUAUUUAAGAAAAAACAAAAAAGGGACAGAGAAAAAAUAUUAGUUGAGUUCAUUUGUGACCUUAAAACAAGAAUUCGUCAAACUGAAGGCGAAAAGAAUACUACUUUGUAUCCAGUUAUCAGAUUACUUGUGCCAAAAUUAGAAAGGGAAAGACCUCCUUAUAAUAUGAAAGAAAGAAAGCUAGGUGAAUUGUUAGUAAAAAUACUGCCUUUACGCAAAGAUUCACAAGAAGCUAAGAAAUUAUUAAACGAUAGGUCAGUUUUACGUGACCGUGAUUUCGCCAGCGAAGUUUAUUUCGUUGUAAAAAAACGAAUGAAUGAAAGAACUGGUAAUUUAACAAUAAAAGAUAUUAACGACAUACUUGAUAAAAUAGCAACGGCUGAAGUGGGGAAUAAAGGACCUAUUCUUGAUCAAGCAUUUAGCUCCGCCCUAAGAAAUUUAAACGCUGACCAACUAAAAUGGUUUAUAAGAAUAAUUUUGAAAAAUUUAAAGCUUGGACUUAGUGAUAAAGGCAUCCUUGCUUGUUUUCAUCCAGAUGCCCCAGAAUAUUAUGAUAACUGUCAUGAUAUCACCCAGGUAUGUCUGGAUUUAGACGACGCCUGCUACAGGCCCGAGAAUAUGGGUAUAAAGUUAUUGAGUCCAGUGAGUCCAAUGUUAUGUGAACGACUCGACGUUACGGAUGUGUGUUAUUUGGAUCCCGACAGGACAUAUCAAGUGGAAGAGAAAUUUGAUGGGGAGCGGUCUCAGAUUCAUAUGAAAGAUGGAAAAUUUAUUUAUUUUACGAGAAGAGCACAUGUAGUCAAAAUAUACGGAGACAAUUACGAAGAAGGCCUUCUGACACGUUAUUUGAAAGGCUGUUUUAAAAGCGAUGUCACUAGUUUCAUUUUAGACGGCGAAAUGAUGCUCUGGCAUAAACAAGACCAAUGUUUUGGUCCUAAAGGUUUGCCUUACGACGUGAAGAAAAUUACAGAAAAAUCAGCAUAUAGACCAUGUUUCUGUGCUUACGAUUUACUUUAUUUAAACGGUAAAUCGCUCGUCGGACCUGCGGAAAACGGUGGCACACCUUUAAACAAGCGACUCGAACAACUAGACUCCCUGUUCACGGACAUUCCCGGUGUCAUUCAACACAGUAAAAGGAAAAUUGUUGAAAAACGAACUGAUAUAUUGGAGGAGCUUAACACGUCUAUGUUAAACCAAGAAGAAGGAAUCGUUGUUAAAGAUGUCCAAUCAUACUAUAGACCCGGACAUCGCAAUCUUGGAUGGUUCAAGUUGAAAAUGGAGUACACAAAAGGGGCUAUGCCUGAUCUGGAUUUGGUAAUCAUAGGGGCUGACCGUUCAGGCAAUAAAAGGCAAGGACAAGUAAAGAGCUUUUUCGUAGCUUGUCUUGAUAACUCACAAUCAGAGAAGCGCUGGCUGUGCGUCGGCUGCGUGGCCUCAGGGUUGAAAAGUGUCGACAGGGACAAGGUGGUGACGCACCUGGAGAGACACUGGCAUCGCACCGCCUUCACCCCACCACAGGGUAACCUCAUAUUCAACAAGGCCAGACCGGAUUACUGGAUUGCACCAGAACAUUCCAUCGUUUUAGAGAUUUGCGCAUCUGAACUGACGAAAACGUCAACAUUCGCCACCGACUACACGCUGCGGUUCUCGCGCAUCAUACGGACGCGCGAAGACAAGCCCAUCGACGAUACCAUGACCUUAGAGGAGUUUUGCCGCCCGACCUUGAACCAGGGUCACGUAGUUAAACUAGCUACGAAAAGGAUCAAUCAAGACCAACUCGCAAAUAACGAAGAUAAAAUUCCCAAAAAACGUGUUGUGAAAGAAAAGCAAGUUGCGGAACCAUACAGGGUCGCGUCUCACGGGGAUGUUAAAGUCACAUCUAACGCAUUAGCAGGCCGGAAACUGUGCAUACUGUCUGAUGACGAGGACUGUGGGAGGACCGAGUUGAUAAAAAUCGUGGAGACACAUGGCGGAAAAGUUGUGGCUGAUUAUGGUGCGGACACGUGGUGCUGCGUGGCGGGGCGGAGCACGGCGCGCGUGCGCGCGGCGGUGACGUCACGCAGCGUGGACGUGGCGCGCGCGGCGUGGCUGCGCGCCCUGCCGCCCGCCGCCGCGCCGCUGCCGCCGCACCCGCUGGCCCUGCUCGCCGCCGCGCCCGCCACCGCGCUCGCACUGGCGAGGGACUACGACGCGUACGGAGACAGCUACACGCAACCCACUGAUCGACCUACACUCGACAAAUGUUUCACCAAAAUCAGUAUAGACGAACCAGAUGUUUACCUCACUGCACAAGAGAUGCUAGAGCUAGACAAGGAAUUAUUCGGUAAUACUAAUCCUUAUUCGUUUUUGCGACCGUGUUUCAUGCGUCUUGUCAACUGCAAAACUGUAAAUGAGAUAUACAGUAAAAUGUUCGGAGCGACUGUAUGCGAUGCUUCUGCCAGAAAUGUGACACACGUUGUUGUAGGUAAAACAACUGGUAACGACGAAAUAAAUAACUUGCGAGAGAUGUAUAAAGAUGCUUUGAUAGUAUCUGAAGAUUGGUUGGAAGAGUGCGCGAAAAAUGAGAUGUUAAUCCCAGAAGAUACAUAUACAUUGUAAAUUAUUAUUAUUAUACAUUUUGUAUACGGAAAUAAAUUUUAUAUUGAUUUAAA